AGAAUUAGGGAUUGAAAAUGGAUGGCAGUGUUGAAAAUGUGAACUUUGGAUCGAAUUCUGAUUUGGGUGUUGAAGAAACUUCGAUUGGGGUAUCGAAUUCGGGGUUGAAAGUAGAUAGCAGAGAUGGAAAUGUGAAUGUUGAAUUGGAUUCUGAGCUGGGUGGAGAAAGAAACCCGGUUCAAAGUUCAAAUUCAGGUGGUUUGGGGAGUAGAGGGAUGAGAAUAAAGGAGAAAUUGGAGAGGGAGCUUAGUCCGGUGGCCAUAGAAGUGGAAGAUAUCUCUUAUCAGCAUGCCAGGCUUGCUAGUGUUAGAGGAAGUGAUGGGGAGACACAUUUUAAUGUAAAAGUUGUGUCUAAGGAGUUUGAAGGGAAAAGUUUGGUUAAGAGGCACAGGCUUGUUUAUGGUUUGUUGCAAGAUGAGUUACAGAGUGGACUACACGCAUUGUCCAUUGUGGCAAAGACACCUUCUGAAGUUAAUGGAAGUUGAAGUGUGUUGAUGACUUAUAAGCUAAAUACAAAAAAUGGAAAGCAUCAACUGGAUCUCCCCAUCAAAAGAUAGAUCAAGCC